AUCAUCGUGAACCUCAUUACUCAAAUUUAAUUUUCUGUCUUACUGUCCUCGUGUCUUGCGAGGAAUUUGAGGAUUUUUUGUUUCAUAUUGCUACAAUGAACAGCAUAUUACUUUACUAAAGUAUUUACUUAAAAAAAAAAUACUUUAGCAGCAUUUUGCAUGGAAAACAUCAGCGAUUACAGUUACUAGCCGCUGCGAACAGGUGACAGCGCACACGCGCGCUUCGCUCCCAGAGGCGCAAUCUCGCCUCAAUGCGAGGAUCCUGCGUCGCCGCUCGCGCGGAUGGAGAACGACGAGUCCCGUCUGCGGCUGCGCAACGCAGGGGCUCUCCGACUGUACGAACUUUCUGGAUUUGAGUCCUCAGUUCGAGGAAAAAAUAACCUUCGACGUUUUACUGGUAAUUUCAUAUAAUGUUUCUACUAAAAGUAUAAAAGCGCGCAUGUCGGAAUCAUUCUGUUUCUCAAAGCGUGAAUACGUUCACUGUCAGAUGUGCAGUUAGAUACCCAAGGACUGGAGAAGAUACAGCACAAGCAAGAGGCCUGGAGGGGAGGUGUAGUUUCAGGACUGGGCAUCCCAGAUGUCCGCCUUCUACUACAGCCCUGCUGGCCGCGGGGGCAGCUCUAUGCGGUUCAGGAAGAGGAAGUCACGCUUCACCUUCGAUGAGGUGCAGCUGCUGCUGAAUGAAGUGAAGAAAAACCGGCACAUUGUUAUAGGCAAGUUCAACAAGGGCGUCUCAUCUGAUGUGAAGAAGCGUACAUGGGCGGAGAUCACAGCACGCAUUAAUGAGAUCAGUGAGUGCCCACGUGAGAUUAUUGAGAUAAUCAAGAAGUGGUCAGAUCUCAAAUGUGACACCAAACGUAAGGUGGCAGCCAUGCGGGCUGCAGGAGAGGGUUCGCUGCGGGCUGGCAAUUCACGUAUUACGAGGGACCUCUCACCCGUAGAAAACAUGGUACACCAGAUUCUGCAGCUGCCUCCUCCAGAGGAUAGGGCCAAUCCUGGCCGCUGGUCCAGGUUGAGUAAAAGAAAGGAUGUGGAAGAGAAUGGGGACAAGGAGAAGGAGGAAGAGGAUGAUGAAACUAUGCUCAGGAUGCAUCCCGCUUCUGCCCCUGUCAGCAAUUCACCAAAUGGCCUGGUGGACGUACCCACUCUAACCACUAACUCUCAGGGCAUGGCUGUGCCGAUGGUCUUGCCAGUGUCUAUGUCCAUGCCUGCAUCUAUGCCAGUGUCCAUGCCCCAGUCCAUGCCUAUGUCCUCUAACUCAGCCCACAGGAGAGAGUCUGGCAUGCCCACAGCAAUGUACGUCUCAUCAUACGAUGCUCCAGUGCAGUGUUACGAUUUGCAGUAUGAAAUAACAGGAGCUGAAGACCAGGCUGCAGAGCUGGACAAUUCCGACGACGAGCAGCACCAAGGCUUACCGCCUUCCAUCCUCAUGCCUCCACGUGCUGUUGCUGAGGAGGAGGAGCUAGCUGGCAUGCGCCACAGAGCCACAAUUGCUUCUACGUCUAGAUCUUCCCCUUCCCUUGCCGGACCGUCUUUAUCUGCUGUGUCUACGUCCCCAGGGCCACCACCAGUGCCUAUGACUGCACAAGACAGUGACUACCUCUUCAAGUUGCUGUUGAUUGGAGACUCUGGCGUUGGCAAGUCAUGCCUGCUUCUGCGCUUUGCGGAUGACACCUACACAGAGAGCUAUAUCAGCACCAUCGGAGUGGAUUUUAAGAUCAGGACCAUUGAAAUGGAAGGGAAGACUGUAAAACUGCAGAUUUGGGACACAGCUGGACAAGAGAGAUUCCGGACAAUCACAUCAAGCUAUUACAGAGGGGCUCAUGGGAUCAUCAUAGUUUAUGAUGUGACUGAUCAGGAAUCCUUCAAUAAUGUAAAACAGUGGUUGCAGGAGAUUGAUCGCUAUGCCUGCGAGAAUGUCUCAAAGUUGUUGGUGGGGAACAAAUGUGACCUGGCUUCCAAAAAAGUGGUGGACUUCACCACUGGAAAGGAAUAUGCCAUGUCUCUUCAGAUCCCAUUCCUUGAAACCAGUGCAAAAAACGCCAGCAAUGUGGAAAAGGCCUUCUUCACCAUGGCAACGGAAAUUCAAAAACGCCUCGACAGAGAAGGAGAUGGGAACUCCGGGCAAAGUGAGCAGCAACAGGGGGAUGAAAAGAAACAGAGAGAGAACACAGCCUAUGCCAAGAAGGUUGUUCUUCGAUUAGCUGGCGUCCUUGGAUUGGGUGGUGCGGUCAGCAUAGUGUACAUAUUCGGUAGCAAUUCAGUGGAUGAGCAAGGAAACAAGAUUCCAGAUGAGUUUGACAAUGAUGCUCCAGUAGUUCAGCAACUCAGGAGGACUUUCAAGUAUUUCAAAGACUACAGACAGAUGAUCAUUGAGCCCACAAGCCCCAAACUCCUGCCAGAUCCACUGAAGGAGCCAUACUAUCAGCCUCCGUACACCCUGGUCCUGGAGCUGACCGAUGUUCUCCUACAUCCCGAGUGGUCGCUGGCCACAGGCUGGCGCUUCAAGAAAAGGCCGGGCAUCGAAUACCUGUUUCAGCAGCUGACGCCCUUGUACGAAAUCGUAAUCUUCACCGCUGAGACUGGCAUGACAGCUUACCCCUUGAUCGACAGCAUAGAUCCCCAGGGAUUUGUCAUGUAUCGCCUCUUCAGGGAUGCCACCCGCUACAUGGACGGGCACCACGUCAAGGAUGUGUCCUGUCUGAACCGCGACACCUCUAAAGUGAUUGUGGUGGACUGCAAGCGAGAGGCCUUCAGCUUGCAGCCUUUCAAUGGGAUGGCAUUGCGAAAAUGGGAUGGUAACUCGGAUGAUCGGACACUUUAUGAUUUGGCUGCAUUCCUGAAGACAAUCGCCAUAAGUGGGGUGGAGGAUGUACGCUCUGUUCUUGAGAACUAUGCCCAUGAGGAUGACCCCAUUGAAGCUUUCAAACGCAGACAGGCGCAGCUGGCUCAGGAAGAGGAGCAGCGGCUGGUAGACCUGUCUAAGCAGAAAAAACAGGGCCUUUCCUUGGGUUCUAUUGCCAGCAGAUUCUGGCCACGCUCCAAGCAACAGUGAGCAGAAUUCGGACCCACCAAUUGCAACCCUUUCUUUUGAGGCAGCAAACCAGUGGGGAACGGCCGCAGUCACCAAGGGAGAUCCGGACAGAGGGAGUGUGGUAGGGGAUGCAAGUGGAAGAUGGGAGGGACAGGGCAGGAUGGAUUAACUUGACCAGUCUUCUCCCGACACAUCAGGAAUGUGUUAACAUUUUGUGGUUUAGGAGGUAUGGCUUUGCAGAGCCUUCAGAUCCUCCAGAGUGACAGCAUUCCUGGAUUGAAAAAGAUGCUCAGAGCAGAAUGGCCUGCACUCCUCUUUUUGCUCCAUUUGUCCUUUGUUUGCAAAAGUAAUCAACUUUGCUGCUGUCUUGAACUUCAGUUUUUCAUCAUCUACCAAGAUGUCUGAAAAGGACUGAACAGUAUAUGAGUAGAGAUCUUUGAAACUUUGUCUGUGUGUCCCAAUACAAUGAAAAUGAGUCGCUUCAAAUAAAGAUGUUUUUGAAGAAAAUAACAUACUACAGUAGCUGGUCUGGACCUGCAGCGAUCACAAGAAUCAUGCUGCUAACCUGCAACCACAUGGUAGACUGUGAGACUGAUAAGUAUUUGAACAUUGGAAGGAAUGUAUCUUUCACUUAGGAAACUUUCAAAGUGUCUGUCCUCUCUACCAAAGGGGAUCAUACAACUCACACAUGCACCCUUUAUGUCUCAAACAGGUGGGCAAGUUCUUGGAGAUUUUUUUUUUUUUUUUUUUUUAUAUAAAUUAAAUCUAGCAAAGCUAAAUAAGAGAUUGGGCUGGUGGCACUGCCACCAUCAGAAACACUUCCAGUGACUGCUGUUGUUGGUUGGUGGUGUUGUUGAGUUUCUUGUGAAGAGCAGUUGGGA